UAAAUACGAGUACCCAUUUACAGCACGCGCUGCAACUUCGAAAAUCAGUUCACGAAAGUUACAAUGAAAUUUACCUUUCAUUUAGGGCUUAUGGCGUCAGAUUCUAAGCCCUAGUUUGAUAACAGAGAGCACCAUGACGGCUUCGGAGAGGCUCACUGGAAUGUGGGCUAACUUGCAGAAGUCUGCCAGGUCAGCCGUCCAAGGUCCAGCCCUGUCAUCCUGUGAGACGGAGCUGCAGGAGCUGAUGAAGCAGAUCGACAUCAUGGUCCACAACCGUAGGAUGGACUGGGAGAGAGAGGCCAGCGCCCUGCAGGUGAAGGCUGACAGCAAGGACAAGGAGUGUCAGAUCAUGAGGGCAACGCUGGAGCAGAAACACAGAGAGAUAGGCCAGCUGAGGCAGCAGAUAGAGGGGAUGGACAGAGCACAGAGGGAUAUGGUGGCCGAGUACGAAAAACAGCUCCUGCAGGUCAGGAACGAGUUGCACAGUUUAAAGCGCAGUUAUGAGAAGACACAGCGGAAGAUGAGCAGGCAGGCCAAGGAGCUGGGCAGAGAGAAAGAGAAACAGUCAGCCGAGGCCCAAGACAGCAUGUCUGAACUGACCAGACUGAAGAGUAAACUGGAGGAAUACAGGCAGCAUUCCCAGGAAUGUGAGCUCCAGAGAUCCAACUACACCAGGCAGAUUGAUAGUCUAGAGGCACAGAGGAAAGCCUUGGCUGAGAAAUGUGAACUGAUGCAGCAACAGUCUGCAGGCUACCAGUCUCAGCUGGACAAAAGACAGAAGAUUCAAGACUCCUCAGAGAUGAGGAUGAAGAAACAGUUGGCACAGAUGGAGGGACAGCUGGACAGAGCAAGGGACACUGUGAACUCUCAGGAUGAGAAAAUAGAGGUGCUGAAAGCCUCUUUAGAGGAAUCCGUCUCCAGCCACCAAAGAGCACUGGCUGACAGAGAGGAAAUCCAAGAAGAGCUAAGGAAGUACAAAAAUGCCAAUUUGAGACUAGAGGAUGAAAAAUCUCAGCUCCAGGCAGACCUGGCGUCCAGAGAUCACAUGUUACAGAUGGCCAGAGAGGACCAGGACUACAAGACAGGGGAGGUCCAGAGACUGGAGGCCAACCUCAGGGAGAAAGAGGAGUUCAUACAAACAAUGCAGAGUGUCAACCAGCUGCAGGCCACAGAGGAGACAAGGUACCUGCAAAAGGAGUUGCAGAAUGCCAAGGAUCAAAUCAGGUCACAUAAAAAGAAUGAGAAAAGAUUGACGGAGGAGUUCCAGCUUCUGCAGAAGAAACUUCAUGCCUCUCAGACCCAGUGUGUAGAUUUGACAGAAAAGUUGAAGAAUAAGUUUGAUGCUGUAAGAAGCCAGGAUACCUCUGAUAUCAAACAUGUCAACCUGGAAGUGGCCAAGAUGAAGGACAAGCUUCAGGUGCUGGAGACCACCCACUCCUCUCAGCUGGAGGGGAUGAGGAAAGAGCUGCAGGCAGUGACGGAGGAACUCCACCAGAGGAACGUUGCCAUGGCAGCUCUGAGUGAGAAAGCCGCCAGCAUGGAGAAACAGUCUCGGGAGGAGGACAGGGCCCAUGAGAGACGAGCUGCAGAGCUACAGGUGACCAAUGCCCAGCUAGAGGCUCUCCGUCUGGAGAACAAGCACCUGCGACAGACUGUGCUGAAGCACACCAAUAUGGGGGUGGAUGUUGCUGAGGCCGAGGGACAUCUAAGGGAACUGCAGAAUGCUUACACCCUGUCACUGGCCAAACUAGAGCAAGAAAACAAGGCACUGAAGGCUGACCUCUCCACCCUGAGGUCAGAGGUCAAGGUCAUGGAGGAGAUGUCACAGCACCAGUUACAGGCCCAGACAGAUGAGGCUGAUAGAACAUUUUCAGAGAUGCAGCAAAAAGAGGAGAGGAGGGUCCACCUGGUGCAGGCAGAAUACGAAGAUAAACUGCAGGCUCUACAGGACAAAUAUAACACAGAGUGUGGCCAGUACCGAACAGAACUCCACACACUGAAGAGUGACAGGGAUAGGCUAAGGGCGCAGCUGGAGGAACAGGCGCUGUAUCUCAGGAGGCUGACAGGUGAGAAUGCUGCCAUGUCGGAGUUUGUCCAAGGUGUGGACACCAUCGUCCAGAGUCCACCCAAGAGACUGGACAGUUCUAACGGGUCCUGGCCACCAGGGGGCAGCACACCCAGGGAGUUGGCCACAUCCUCCUCCUCGUCAGGGCGACAGAGGGACAACGGUCACUCUACUGACCGUGGAAGUGGACAGAGGGACAGUUUAACUGACCGCAGUCUGAGGCUGUCCACUGAUAAUGGUCAUGAGAGGCCCAGUUCCAGAGCCUCCAUUUCAGCACAGUUCCUUGCCGAGGAGCAGCAGAGAGUGGAUGACUUGGAGCGCAUCGUUAACUCCCAUAUCCAAGAUCUCAGGAAGGACACAGACGCGACAAUCAAAAAGUACGUGCGGUGAGGUGAAUUGGGCUUCUGUUUGCCCGCUGUAGUAGUAUUAUUAUCAGGGAGAAAAAUAAGGCAGCAGUAUUGGUUGUGAUUAUUCAAAACUUUCCAGAAAGUGCACAUCUGCUGUCAUCUAGAAGUAUGUACAGUGAUGUAGAGUGCUGCCAUCUAGGAGUAGGUACAGUGAUAGAGAGAUCUUCGUUUGAGUGUCCAUUUUAUCAUUGAAAAUCAUUGCCAGUGGACUUGGGGGAUCUUUGAGAGUAUUGCCCUUAGCAUUAUUUAGGAUCAUCCAAGGAAAAAACACAGGUGCAGAACUUGGAAUUCACCAUCAGUACUUGUUAUACAUAUAUCAGAAAAAUACAUACAGGUGCUUUAAAAAAAAAAAAAUGCGAGCAGAUUAUAUUAACCGUUGAAAUUUAACAAGACAGAUCUCAAAGAAACAAAGCUGUUCCUCCAGUCAGUUUCCAAACCAAGAACCCUGUUCCAAGUCACAUAUUUUAAGGCACUAGAACAUAUGAGAAUACCAUAUAUGAAGGUAUCUGUGCCAUAAAUCCAAAGUUGAGAAGACUAAAAGAUUAAUUAAUGUUCUUAUUUAUUUGAAUUUGUAUGUAAAAACAUUGUCCAGCAAUGAAAAGACAGUCGAUUUCCUAUUCCUUAAGUAGUCAAAAGUGUGAUAUUUAAAUUGAAUCUGUAUCGUUUCCUUGAAUUUGUGAAGUAUUUUUAAUUUGACUGAAUUUUUGUUGUAUUUUAAAAAUGUUGAAAUUUGAAAACAUUUUGUAUAAAUCGACUCAGUUUAUGUAAUGAGAAGAUAGGUUAAUAGCACUUUUUUUAAAAAAUUAUAGUCAUCAUAUAUGCUAUUUUGUAACGUAUGACAUCAAGUGUACUGUUUUAGGGAGUGAUACACAGUGUAUUUUGAGAUGGUAGAGGUGCUGGUCGCUUCUGUUAAUUCUCCAAUUUAUCCAUGACAUUCAAAAACUAUGUAUCUAUUAGGUUAAUCUCAUGUUGAUCAGUUUCAUUAGUUUGAAGAAAUUUUUAUUUAGAUUUCUUGAAUGAAAACAAUUGCUGUUUUUAUUACCUAAGGUAUUUUCAUGCUGGUUUCAUGGCUAAAUUUCCCAUUCAAGGUUACAAAAAUCUUACAUUCUGUUAAAAUUUUAGUUUGACAGGCAGUCUUUGCUGUGUAAAAUUGCUAAUUUAAACUUUAAGUUUUAUCUCAUUUUAUGA